AGCGCCGUCGACAUCGACCAGACGACGUGCCACGUAAAUGGGUAUCAUUCGACGGUCUUUACAGCGAAUUUUGGUACAAGAUUUGAAGAUGUUUCCGUACAAAGCCCAGACGGUGCAUCAGCUGUUAGCUGCUGACCGCCAAUCGCGUCUAACAUACGCUCAAGCCAUCCUUAAUCACCACCAAGAGGAAGAUGAUUUUUCAUCAAAAAUAAUCAUGAGUGGUGAGGCCCAUUUCCAUCUUAGCGGGUACGUAAAUAAGCAAAAUUUACGCUUCUGGGGCGCUGAAAAUCCGCGUGUAACCCACGAAGAGCCAUUACACCCGCUCAAAGUCACUGUAUGGUGUGCUGUUUUCGCUGGAGGAGUCAUCGGACCUUUUUUCUUCGAAGACGUCGCGGGCCAAACGGUUUCUGUGAAUGGUGAGCAGUACAGAGCUAUGAUCAACGAGUUGUUUUUGCCGCAACCUGAUGAAUUGGGAUUGGAAAACAUGUGGUUCCAACAGGACGAUGCAACGGCACACACUGCACGUGCCACAACCGAUAUGCUGAAGGAUGCAUUUCCCGGGCGCCUAAUCUCCCGUUUUGGCGAUUUGCACUGGCCAGCAAGAUCGCCUGAUUUGCCCGCUCCAGACUUCUUUUUGUGGGGCUUUUUCAAGUCGCGGGCCUAUGUUAACAAGCCUCAGACUCUUGCAGCUCUUAAAGACAAUAUCCGUCAAGAAUGUGAGGACCUAUCGCCGGAAGUUUUGGCCAAAGUGAUGGAAAAUGCCAUAAAAAGCUCCAAUGGCAAUCAACUGUGGCGGCGGCCAUUUACAUGACAUCAUAUUCUCGACUUGAUGUAAAGAAAAUUAAAAGACCAAAAAAAAAAGAAUCCACAAGAAGAAUCAAAGUUUUAAAUUUUUUUUUUAAAUUACACCCAAAAAAGAUCGCAAGGUUACUUUUGCGCCACCUUGUAUUACUUUUGAAAGAUUAAGUGGACUUCCAAAUUUUCCAGUAAUUAAGGGUUUUUCAAUUGGUGCGGGUCGAUUUUGGCGCCCUGUGGCAGCCAUUUUAUUUUGGUGACG